CUUUGUGAUCGAUGACCGUUGAUACUACCCCCUAUCCCCUACCUUCCUCAGCAUCACCGAGAUGCAAGUGGACGUCGAAGACAGGCCCGAUCCUCUAUGGUCUGUCCUUGAGGAGGCCUGGGACCCAAACAAUGUCUCACGCGGAUUUACCAAGCCUUUCUCUGACUUCUAUCGGCUCUUCGAGAUUCUAUCCGACAAAGCAAACCAGAAUGUUCGUAUUUCCAGAGCUCAAGAAAAGUCCUUCUGGAUGCUCUGGCACUGGUGGACCUCGUAUCGAUCAUCUUGCAAAGUCCUGAAAGGCCCCCCAUCCACGGAUUACAUUAGACAUUCAGCGGAGGGCGUGAGCUACGAGCUCCGUGUAGACUCUCCACAUGUAGACUCACUACACUUCAACCGACUUCUCAAUCUCUUUGAGCAAGAAUUCGGCGGCCCCGGGUUCGUGCAAUACGGGGCACACCUGAUGACGAUGAGGCAGGAAGCAGCAAAAUACUCAGCGUGCCAGCAUGUCUCACUUCAUUGCUACCGUAGCGGCGUCAGAAGACCGAACAAUCAACUCAGAAAGCUCGAAUUGAGGGACUAUGAAGCCAGGCUUGACUUAUCGCCCUCAACGCAUACGAUCCUUCGAGAUGGAAAGGUCAUGCUAGGUGAAAAUGCCUUGCCUGGCCUCCACCCAUGCUGUCCAAUCGGAGCUACUCUUCAAGCCUGCAACUGGCUCCCAGAAAGUGAUGGUCUUCCAUAUUACCUGUGGGAUCGUGUGCAGCAAAAGGUUAUUUCAAGAGAACAGCUCGACCGGCGGCCCGCUUAUACAGCGAUAAGCCACACCUGGGGGAGAUGGCAAAAACAGGAUGAAGAUCCUGUGGAAAUCAGAGGACUUGAAUACUGGAAGGUGCCUCAAAACACAGUUUUCGAAGUCCGGAAACUCCCCGAAAUACUCGCCGAGGUCCCUACUUCUACGCGGUACGUUUGGUUCGACCUCGUAUGCAUCCCGCAGGACGGCUCUCCUAAGGCCAAUGAGGAGAUUGCCCGGCAAGCAGCUAUAUUCAACAACGCAGAGCACGCCAUCAUCUGGUUAAAUCGCGUCUAUACUUGGAAAGGUCUAGAAAAGGCCGUCGAGUACAUGUGCAUGGUGUUCCUCCAUGCCGACCCUCUCGACUAUCUCUCCACCGACAAUGAAGCCACCGGGCUCUUCGAAGAGUACCGUUUCGAGGGUGGAAUAAAAAGAGAGGACGUUACUACAGAUGGAUGGUUUAGCUCUCUUUGGACGCUGCAAGAGAUAUGCCUCCGGCCAGAUAUGUGGCUUUGCAAUGCAAAAUGGGAAAUCUUCUCGGUCGCUGACCACACAGUUCCCAUUGCAAUGGACACCAUAGUGGCUCUGAAUCAAGAGUGUACAUCGAUACUCGACGGACGAGUUCGCCUAUUACCGAUUGAAGAAUCCGCGGUCGGCCCUCUUCUCAAUGAAAGCUUGGACCAAGUUGCGCCAAACGAAAUGUUUGGGAAAUUGAUCGCUUUUGGUCUGUACCCUCGUGGUUACCUGGAACUUGGAGAAUUGUUAAACCGUACGGGGAUGUUAUACCUCCAUUUCAUGAGAAGGGACCUCAUUCUACUCCUAGGAUCACAUCGCUUUUGCAAGGGUCUUAGAGCAGAAGCAAUCAUGUCUGUCGUCGGUAGUGUUACAUGGAAGGACACCCAUGGAGCUGAUUCCAACGAUCUCGUAUUGGGCCAGUACCCGCUUGGCUUUGUGCAGGAGGCCUAUUCAUCGAUUGGCGCCAAUUUCUUCGGCUCCAUUUCAAUAAGUUCCAACAGCCUCUCGUCUCUGGAGCAUAAUUCUCACCUGGAACCUCAAGGUUCCUUAAUGCCCUUUGAGGCAAAGAUUCCAGGGACCGAGGAAAAACUCGUCGUUGAUUGGAUCUUCUUAGAUGAAGUUCCAAGCCCUGCAGUCGCAACUUGGCAGAUUUUACAAACUGGCUCCGUCCAAAUUCCACAUGCAAGUAUAUUUUGCUCGUCGAGUGCAAGAUACACUUCUGCCGAUAGCGGAGAGAUUGUUUGCAAUGUGUGGCUGACACACGAAUCGCCCGACGUCGAAAAGCCAAGGUUCCCAAAUUUCGGGAGAAGCCGCAGAUACAGAACUGUCGAACUUCGUUCGUGGUUACGGGACUACUUCCCCUUCUCCGAUAACUAUGCGGUUGAGCUAUGUCGGCUUAAUGCUGGGUCUGGCAGUCGAGGCAUUCUUCUGAAGGAAAUCUACAAGGGCUCUCGUACAAUGCUUAAGAUUGGCAACUACAUUUCUUCCACCUAUUCUCCCCUCACUAAGGAUCGAGUGUCCACGGGAAAGCUCGAUUGGGUAGUUCUUUGAGAGGAAC